AAAAUACUUGCGUGUCGUGACGUCAUCACAACGCGCCCGAUAGUACAGAGUAGUCAGUUUGUGUGUGUCACGCGGCUGGGCAGCUGCGGCGGCCACGGGAUAUGGCUGAGACCACGGCGGGAGUGGGCCGCUUUAAGGCCAACUAUGCUAUUGAGCGAAAGAUUGAACCUUUCUACAGGGGUGGAAAAGCACAGCUGGACCAGACUGGCCAGCAUCUCUUCUGUGUCUGUGGUACCAAAGUCAACAUCCUGGAUGUGGCCUCAGGGGCUUUGAUACGGAGCCUGGAGCAGGAGGACCAAGAAGACAUCACUACUUUUGAUCUCAGCCCUGAUGAUGAGGUAUUGGUGACAGCCAGCCGGGCACUGCUGUUAGCUCAGUGGGCCUGGCGAGAAGGCAGUGUCACCCGCCUGUGGAAGGCAAUACACACAGCUCCCGUGGCUUCCAUGGCCUUUGACCCCACCUCUACACUGCUAGCCACAGGUGGCUGUGAUGGGGCUGUGCGCGUCUGGGACAUUGUGCGGCACUAUGGGACACACCACUUUCGGGGCUCACCUGGUGUUGUACAUUUGGUUGCCUUCCACCCGGACCCCACUCGCCUGCUGCUCUUCUCAGCAGUGGAUACCACCAUCCGUGUGUGGUCACUGCAAGACCGAACAUGCCUGACUGUACUGACUGCACACUACAGUACUGUCACCUCACUGUCUUUUAGUGCUGAUGGCCAUACCAUGCUCAGCUCUGGUCGAGACAAGAUCUGCAUGAUCUGGGACCUUCAGAGUUGCCAGGCCACAAGGACAGUGCCAGUGUUUGAGAGUAUGGAAGCUGCUGUGCUAUUGCCUGAGGAGCCAUUGCCUGUGCUGGGUGUGAAGAACUCAGGCCUACAUUUCUUAACAGCUGGCAAUCAAGGGAUCCUCCGUGUAUGGGAGGCAGCUUCAGGGCAGUGUGUAUACACCCAGCCACAGAUGCCAGGUCUAAGGCAAGAACUGACCCACUGCACCCUGGCACGCAAAUCUGGUCUACUCCUCAGUGUCACUGCUGACCAUAACCUGCUACUCUAUGAGGCAUGUUCCCUACAGCUGCAGAAACAGUUUGCUGGCUAUAGCGAGGAGGUAUUGGAUGUUCGGUUCCUUGGGCCUAAGGACUCCCACAUUGUUGUGGCCUCCAACAGUAACUGCCUGAAAGUGUUUGAGCUGCAGACUUCAGCUUGCCAGAUCCUCUAUGGCCACACAGACAUUGUCCUGGCCCUGGAUGUGUUCCGGAAGGGGUGGCUCUUUGCCAGCUGUGCCAAGGAUCAGAGUAUACGCAUCUGGAGGAUGAACAAGGCUGGCCAGGUGGCCUGCGUGGCUCAAGGCUCCGGACAUACACACAGCGUGGGCACCAUCUGCUGUUCUAGGCUGAAGGAAUCUUUCCUGGUGACGGGCAGCCAGGACUGUACUGUGAAGCUGUGGCCCCUCCCUGAAGCCCUGCUGUCCAAGAAUUCAGCUGUGGACAGUGACCCCAUCCUCCUACAGGCCCAGACCACACAGCGCUGCCAUGACAAGGACAUCAACAGUGUGGCUAUCUCCCCCAAUGACAAGCUGCUGGCCACUAGUUCACAGGACCGCACAGCUAAGCUCUGGGCCCUGCCUCAGUGCCAACUACUGGGUGUUUUCUCAGGCCACCAGCGUGGCCUCUGGAAUGUCCAGUUCUCACCCAUGGACCAGGUGCUGGCCACAGCCUCAGCUGAUGGCACCAUCAAGCUCUGGGCACUGCAGGACUUCAGCUGUCUCAAGACAUUUGAGGGACAUGAUGCUUCUGUGCUGAAAGUGGCCUUUGUGAGCCGUGGCUCACAGCUGUUAUCCAGUGGCUCUGAUGGACUCCUGAAGCUGUGGACCAUCAAGAGCAAUGAGUGUGUGCGAACCCUGGAUGCCCAUGAGGACAAGGUCUGGGGGCUACAUUGUAGCAAACUGGAUGACCAUGCCGUCACAGGUGGCAGUGAUUCCCGAGUCAUUCUCUGGAAGGAUGUGACAGAGGCUGAGCAGGCAGAGGAACAGGCCAAGCGGGAAGAGCAAGUAAUCAAACAGCAAGAACUGGACAACCUGCUCCAUGAGAAGCAGUACCUGCGGGCAUUGGGCCUUGCCAUCUCCCUGGAUCGUCCUCACACUGUGCUGACAGUUAUCCAGGCCAUCCAGAGGGAUCCUGAAGCCUGUGAGAAGCUGGAAGCCACUGUGCUCCAACUGCGACAAGACCAGAAAGAAGCCCUACUGCGCUUCUGUGUCACAUGGAACACCAACUCCCGACAUUGCCAUGAAGCCCAGGCUGUGCUUAGUGUAUUCCUGCGGAAUGAGGCCCCAGAGGAACUGCUGGCCUAUGAGGGUGUGCGGCCUGCACUCGAGGCCCUGCUGCCCUAUACUGAGCGGCACUUUCAGCGGCUUAGCCGGACGCUACAGGCAGCUACCUUCUUGGAUUUCCUGUGGCACAACAUGAAGUUGUCCCCGCUCCCUGCUGCACCCCCAGCCCUGUGAGACACAUAAAAAGUUGCGCUUUUCUAUUGUGUGAA